UGCCGGAAUACUGUUCAUUUGCUCAUGAAAAACGGUUGCGAAUCGAUGCUUGUGGGGGUCCAGAGCGUGUGACAAUGUAGCCUACGAGGAUGAUCACGGCUAUUGUCAUAUGCUAGAAGAAAGUGACGAGAGUGAAGAAUGCCAUGUGUGAGGCUGAUCCAGUCGGGUGGACCUCUUUGCGUCCUUUCAAGGAUGCGGUUAUGAUAAGUUGGUUUGAAUAGUUCAAGACCUAGUCCUUAGCUUCUGUUCUGCUGGUAACUGAUCGACUGCUAGAUCUGUACAAGGGAUGAUGUUGUCACGAAAGACGCUGUUGGCGCUCCUGCUUCUGGUUUUCUACAAUUUGCAAGUUCGUAACCAUGAGGCAGGUGGAGCUGCCCCUUCGUUGAUUGUUUCUGCUGUUAAAUAUUUCCAAUGCUGAUUCUGAUCUCACUGGUUUGCGCAGGUGUGUCUGAACUGAGCAUUGUUUUGAAGCUCUCCCCGAUGACCCUGCUGCCGGUUCAGAUGUGUUCUACAUUUGCAUUUCUAAGGGAAUCGUGAAAGAAGCUAUCGCUGAUCCCACAAGUGCCGCUGCACUUGGCAACCCUCGAGUUUUGUCAAAGCUUCAAGGCAACGGAUCACUCCUGAGCACCUGUAAUUCAGACUUUGAAUGUGGCUCAGGCUUGUAUUGCUUCAGUUGUCUAGCGGGAAGAAUAAUAGAGAUUCAAUUCAAGUGCAUUCGGAGAAGGGUGAAGCCAAUCUAUGCCUUUCCAAAGGGUACGUCUCUGCCGUUCAAUAAAUACUCGUGGCUCACAACACACAACUCCUUUUCCAUUUUCGGAUCUUCUCCGCAAACUGGCGCCCCAAUUGUCACCUUCUUCAACCAAGAGGACAGCGUGCUAGAUCAACUCAAUGUACUUACUCACAAGUCUGUGCAGUUGGCCAGUUCCGAACGGAAUAGAAUGUUUGUGAACGGAGUACGAGGGUUGAUGCUGGAUAUGUACGACUUCCGGAACGAUGUUUGGCUUUGUCAUUCCUUCGGAGGACAUUGCCACGAAUUCACCGCAUUUAGGCCGGCAAACGAAACGCUGGCAGAGAUCAGGACGUUUCUGGAAGCAAAUCCGACAGAAGUUGUCACCAUUUUCAUAGAAGACUAUGUGCUCACUUUAAACGCCAUUACAAAGUUGUUCACGAGCGCGGGCCUAACGAAAUACUGGAUGCCGGUGGCCGUGAUGCCAUCUAAUGGUAGUUUGUGGCCAACCUUGGAAGAGAUGAUUCAACGAAAUCACAGGUUGGUUGUCUUCACACAAAACGAAACGAAGGAAGCAACGGAGGGAGUGGCGUAUCAGUGGCGCUACACAACUGAAAAUCAGUAUGGGGAUAGCGGGCUUUGGAGCGGCUCGUGUCCAAGACGGAUCAAUUCCACAGUUCUGAAUGAUACGAGCCGGUCUCUCAUCGUACAAAACUACUUCCCCACCAACCCCAAUGCUAUCAAUGCGUGCCGAGACAACUCCGAGGGACUCUUCAACAUGUUGAGAACGUGUUACAUUGCCGCUGGCGACAGGUGGUCCAACUACGUCGCUGUGGAUUUCUAUAAGAGGAGCACUGGAGGUGGAGCGUUUCAUGCUGUCGAUUUCUUGAAUGAGCAAAUGCAGUGCAGCUGUCAAGAUGCUACCAAACCUUGCUCGGCUGAUGUUGGGCACGAAUUCAAGGGCCAGAACAGGGAACGUUCAACCAAGCUUGCCAACACUAUACGCACACAUAUUCACACACACAAACCAGUGGAUGGCUUCCGAGGAGCAUUCUUCCUCGUGACCACCAUCAGCACUUGAAGCCUUUCUCCGAAGUGUAGAUAGCAAAUGAUAGCUAGAAGAAUAACCUUUCCUACAAGGGCUGAGACAAAUUGCUUGAAACUGUGCACAAGUACCUCAAAAUAGGAUCCAGAGAAUACACAAGUUCUGUAUGUUAUACAAAAACUGUUCCAGGGGAUCUGUUACAGAUUUAUGGUGCAACGAGAGAGUAGUAAUGUGGAAUGCACGAAGCUCAGCAACUUGCACCGAUUAUUGCAAGAAAGUUACAAAAACAGACAAACAAACAUAUGAGGGUGCGUACAUACAAAAAGAAGUCUUUGCAAUUGGGUAUCA